AUGGUGCCUGAGAAGUUUGCAUCGGACACAGAAGAGACUGAAGUGGAGCAGGGAAAGCAAGUUAACAUAGACAACAGAAUCCAGAACCUGGAAACUGUUCAGGACCUGGAGAUUGAAAGAGAGGGGGGCCAAAAAAUCUACGUGCUGAGAGGCAGAGGCACCGCCGGCGGAACCACAGAGGGCCGCAACACGGGGGCCAGCGGCACCGUGCCAGCUGCAUUGGGGGCAGGGCAACACUCAGACUUGGGCACAGGAGCAGGGACCAAAGCCACCAUACCAGUCACCACCCCCGCAACAGGGGCACCCGCCACAACGACGGUAACACCACCCGGAGGCUGCGCAAGAGCAUCCUCGGCAGCAGACAGCUACUCGGCAUCCACCACGUCCGCCCAGGCGACACCCCUCUGGGGACACAAACAGGGAGCCCGACAGGAACACUUCGACACCGGGUACUCGUCGCCAGGACUAUCAUCCACCUCCAUAGGUGCCAUAGCAGCAACACCGGGAGACUGGACACGGUCACGCAACACCGCAGGCGACUCAAACAUCGGAGAUACCAUACAAUAUUCCACAGCAGGAACAUCCACAGGAACACGCUCAACUCAUGGCAAUGCACCACCACACUCUACCGAAGACACAGCAUCUAGAGAUGGGCCAGGCAGGGCGGAAGAGGCAGGGAAGCGGGCGGUAGGGGCGAAACUGCACAUUCCAUGGACGCAACAAUCACACCGCCAACUGGGCGGUCCGCAGAGACUGGCGACACCACCAGGCCACCCAAUGGGUGAGAAACGGCAGCCAUGUCGGCAUCACACAGAGUCCUCCAGUCCCUGCAGCGAGGGGAAGUCGUCCUCCCGGAAGAAGUUCACAGGGCUGACACUGCCAGCACCACAACCCACAGCUUGGUGCCCUGACAACUUGCACCAGAAGCAAGUCCAGGGUUGGUCAGCAUAG